UUAUUAUCUCUUUAUUCCUUCCCUCCUCUUCUUCUUCUUUAUCCUCUCCCUCACCAAUGAGCAGUUGUGUGUAGAUGUUAAACGACACGUGAGGACUCCUGCUGUUGGUUGUGUGAACAUCAUUUUCCUGGUGCAGCCUGUCAGGAACAUGGCUCUUUAUGAAUCCAGCACUCAGCCUUCCCUCUCAGCAGAGGCGUGCGGCUGAGCUCCUGAAGCCACGGCUCCCUCUACAGUCUGCAAGGCGGAAAUUUUCCAUCCAGUUGCGGGGAGACGAUCCAACAGACUGUGUGUGGAAGAGCCGGAGCGCGGAGCUAGGCGGCGGGGCACACGUCCGGACACCACAGCCGGAGACGGAGCCUCACUUGUGGGAUGCAGCGUCUCGGCGGCUGCACCAACACACCCGGAUCCGCGCGGAGGAGAAUCCGUCAUCUGAGGGGCUGAUCGCCGGGCUCCUGCAGGACAAUGGCGAGGGGAGACAUGUCUCAUUCUUUGCAUACUUGAGGAGUGACGACAACUUUCCUCCACUUCCCUGCGCGGACGGCGGGAGGACAGAGCAGCUGCGGCGUUCGGACACACAACACGGGAUGUACAGCUGGACGAUGCGCGCGGAUGGAUUGUGCCGUUUGGAGCAGCGCGCAGCUCGGUGCGUCUGCGGCGGGGACUCGGGGCGUCGGUGUCCGCGGAGAUGCGUCGUUCGCUGAGGUCCUCGUCCAUGGAUGUUGCGGCUCGGCGGCGCUGCGCACGGAGCCUUUGGGCGGCGGUGAUUGGACCGGACGCGGACUGGGGCUGACGAGCUUGUUUGUGCGCGAGGAAAUGUGUGUUUUCUUUUUUCCGGAGGGGGGGGAUCAAUACGAGUUGGUGGCGCACCACGAGGACGCAGGAGAGCGCGCACGGAACCAGGAGCUUCGCUUUGGAAACCUGGGAUUUAAAUUGAACAGCAGAGAUCUCCAUCCCACCACACGUCCACGCAUCUGGUGUCACAAGUGGAUGUUUGCUCUGGCACUAAAGUUUUUUUCUCCAUGCACGAGACUUUGAAAGUGCAUUUUGACUCAUCCUUUUUAUGGACUAUAACAAACAUUUUCCAUGUGGACUUAUCCAGAAAGUUAUGGGACAUUAUAAAGAUAUUUUAAAGGACGAAAACAAUCAGCUGCUUUAUUUUUCACAGCCACUAAAAUGUAUACGAGGAUGCCGGGCAACAUGGCUGUAAACUGGGUUGUGUACUCCGUGUUUUUACUCCCCCUGUUCGCAGUGGGGACAGCCUUCUCGGGGGUCUUCAACGCCACCGACAGAGACAUCUUCACCGAUGACUUGCUGCAGGUCAAGCUGGCACAAGGCAGAGCGAGCGAGCAGUGGAAACUCCCUCCGGCCGACUCCCACCCGAACCUGUACUUCAACCAGGUGGACGUGGUGCACUUGAGGCAGAGGUCCUCCACCACCCACAGUCACAUAUUCAAAGUCAUCCGGGCGGCCGUGCUCACCAUGCUGUCCAACGUCCCCUUUUACAUCCCCCCUGUGAAACACGAGGAGUUUACAAGCAAGUGGAAUGAGAUUUACGGGAACAACCUGCCCCCCCUGGCGCUCUACUGCCUGCUGUGCCCCGAGGACUCUGCCGCCCUGCAGUUUCUUAUCAAGUUCAUGGACAGGAUGGUCGAGUACCCCGACUGGAAGGUGACCAGUGCCCCCAACGACGAGGUCCCCACGGCACACUCCCUCACUGGGUUCGCCACUGCCUAUGACUUUAUUUACUCUCAGCUGGACGAGCGCAGGAGAGACGUUUACCUCAAGAAGAUACGCUCUGAGACAGAGGAGCUGUACGAGCUCUCCAAGUACAGAGGGUGGGGGAAGCAGUAUCUCCAGAAUCAUCAAACCACAAACAUAUUAGCCAUCAUGACUGGUGCAAUAGUGGUGGGAUCCCACGAUGACCCAGAGUCAAUGAUAUGGAAACAAGUGGCAGUGAACUACAUGGAGAAAACUAUGUUUCUACUGAAUCAUGUGGUGGAUGGCUCUCUGGAUGAGGGAGUAGCUUACGGGAGCUACACGGCCAAGUCCAUCACACAGUACGUCUUUUUAGCCCAGCGCCACUUCCACAUUGACAACACGCAGAACAACUGGCUGCUGGGACACUUCUGGUUUUACUACGCCACGCUGCUGCCGGGCUUCCAGAGGACUGUUGGCAUCGCAGACUCUAACUACAACUGGUUUUACGGGCCGGAGAGCCAGCUGGUUUUCCUCGACACAUUUGUCAUGAGGAACGGAACGGGGAACUGGCUGGCUCAGCAGAUCAGAAAGCACCGACCCAAGGACGGUCCCAUGGGGCAGUCGUCGGCGCAGCGCUGGGCCACGCUUCACACGGAGUACAUCUGGUUCAACUCCCACCUCACGCUGCAGCCUCCCCAGGAUUACGGCAAAGCAAGGAUGCAUAUUUUCUCGAACUGGGGCGUGGUUACCUACGGAGCCGGGCUCCCAAUCGGACAGGGUAACACUUUUGUGUCCUUUAAGUCCAGCAGGCUGGGUGGCCGUGCGGUCUACGACAUUGUGCACGACAAGCCGUACUCCUGGGUGGACGGCUGGAACAGCUUCAACCCGGGGCACGAGCACCCGGACCAGAACUCUUUCACAUUUGCACCUAACGGACAAGUGUUUGUGUCCGAAGCACUUUAUGGUCCAAAGUACAGCUACCUUAACAAUGUUUUGGUUUUCAGCCCGUCUCCCACCAGCCAGUGUAACAGUCCGUGGGAGGGUCAGCUGGGGGAGUGUGCUAAGUGGCUGCGCUGGACUGAUGAAGGUGUGGGCGAUGCCAGAGGGGAGGUGAUUGUGGCCUCCUCGCACGGGGACACCUUGUUUGUGAGCGGGGAGGCUGUGUCUGCCUACUCCUCCGCCAUGAGAUUAAAGAGCGUGUUCAGAGCGCUGGUGCUGCUCGACUCACAGACUCUGCUGGUGCUCGACCACGUGGAGAAGUGGAGCGACUCGCCCGUGACCACGUUCAGCGCCUUUUUCCACAACCUGGACAUUGACUUCAAAUACGUCCCGUUCAGAUUCAUGGACAAGUACAACGGCGCGAUGAUGGACGUGUGGGACGCGCAUUAUAAAAUGUUCUGGUUCGACGCCCAGGGUCACAGCCCCGACACCAGGAUACAGGAGGCAGAGCAGGCGGCCGAGUUUAAAAAGAGGUGGACUCAGUACGUCAACGUCACUUUCUCAAUGUCGGGCACGGUCGGCAGAGUGGCUUAUGUUUUGCACGGGCCAUAUGUCAAAGUGUCCAACUGUAAAUUCGUGGACAAUGGCAAAAAUGGAGUCAGAGUUUCAUUAACCAUAAAUAACACAGAGAAGGUGGUUUCAAUAGCCACAAACUAUAAAGACAUAGGAGCCAGGUUGAGUUAUUUAGGAUUCGGAGGCCACGGGAAAAUCGAGGACGGGGAUCAGAUCACUCGAUUCGGCCUCGGGACUCAACUCGUCCCCAAACUGAUCAGCAGCGAUAAUCAGCUGUUAGACUUCGGGUUCGCAGUCAACGUAGCAGCGGGGGUGGUGCUCUGCGUGGCCAUCGGGUUCCUGACCAUGCAGAGGAGGUUUUACGUGUGCUUCAGCAGGCUGAUGCGUUACGCCCUGCUCACUGUGCUCAUCCUGUGGAUAGCUGAGCUGCUGUUUGUGUCCAGCAGCUGCGAUCAGCUGCUCUGUGGGGUGAAAUGGAAAAGCGCGGGGGCCAAAAGUGAGGUGAACAAACAGAUCAGACUUUCCGAGCAGCAGCGGUUCCCCCUCCCCACCGUGGUCAUAACAACCCUUCCCGGGUCGGGGUCGGAGAUCCUGAAGCAUCUUUUCUACAACAACUCAGACUUUGUUUACAUACGAGUCCCCACUGAGCACGUUGACAUUCCUGAGACCGAGUUUGAGUUUGACUCGCUGGUCGAUGCCUGCGAGUGGUCAAGGUCAGACGCGGCGCACGGACGGUUUAAGAUUAUUCAGGGCUGGCUGCACUCGCUGGUCCACAACACCAAGCUGCACUUGCAGAACAUUCAGCUGGUGGAGGGCAGCAGGGUCAAACAGCCCCAGAGAGCCGCCCCCCCCAGGGACAGAAAGAAGAGGUCCAGGCGGAGGGAGCCGGCGUCCGAGCUGAAGGGCAGACUGAGGGCCAGCCUGGACAGGGACGCAGAGUACAUCAGGGAGAUGAGACGACAUGUCGCAGAGUUCCCCGACGCCCGGGUGGUCCUCAACAUGCGGAGCGGGAGCUGGGCCCUCAAACUGCCUUUCCUCCAGGAGACGGUGGGACACUCUCUGAGGUCAAUCUACUUGGUGCGAGACCCUCGAGCCUGGAUUUAUCUGAUGCUUUACAACAGCAAACCCAGUCUCUAUUCCCUGAAAAACAUCCCGCAGCACCUCUCCCUGAUAUUCAAGGACGAUGCCGUCAGGGAGGGGUGCCCGAGCGUGGCCCCAGAGUUUAAAACAAUCCAGAGUCUGCUGUCCCGCUCGGAGGCCAACCCGGCCCUCGUGCUGGCUCACCUGUGGCUGGCUCACACCGCGGCGGUGCUGAGGGUCAACGAGGGCCUCCCCGAGGAGUCCUACCUCCAAGUGAGGUUUGAGGACGUGGUCAACUUCCCGCAGGAGACGGCGGAGACUAUACACACCUUCCUGGGGGUGCCCCUGUCGCCUGCAGCCCUCAACCAGCUCCUCUUCACCACCUCCACGAACUUGUACAACCUCAUGUAUGAAGGGGACAUCUCCCCAGCCAAUAUUAACAUGUGGAGACAGAACAUGCCUCGAAAGGACAUCAGGCUAAUAGAGGACGUGUGUGGGGGGGUGAUGAAGAGGCUGGGCUACACCCGGCUGGCGAGUUAACUUUCCUGCUGCUGGUCGGCUGACACCGAGCUGUCUUGUUUACUGGAGCCACCGUGGAAUUUCUGUUGAGUUGUGGUUUUUUGCACUGACGCUUUGUUUUAAAGGGAAUUUCUCUGUCUGCUAAAGUUUGUUUUGUGUUUGUUUGGGGGAAUGAAAGGUGCAGACACAGAUGCUGGUGAGGGAGGAAUAUUUUACAUUAAAAUAGGUGAAAGGAAGCUUCUGUUAUCACUCCUUUAUUUGUUUCCAGCAGCUCUUCACACUUUAGACCUUUGCUCUGCAGAGGGAAGCCACUGAAACUCAGCAUAAAGUUGAAUGUUAUUGCGGCGUCCUAGAACAGCUCAGUUUCUCCUUGUGUGUGUGUGUGUGUGUUACUCCCCUCCCCCAUCGCUAAUCUGUGCUGUCUGAAAGAUGUUGUGCAAAAUCCAUAUCUGUUAUGACUGGACUAGGGGAGGGAUCAAGGGAUAUUUACUGCUUUUUGGAACAGAUACGUUAUGAAGCUCAUUAGGAAAUAAGGCUCGUCUUUAUCGACAGAGCCGGGUUUGUAGCUGUGGGAGACUAAUUUGGCUGUCGUGAAUUUUAAUAUCUGAACCUUUCAGUGCUUUUUUUUCCCUUUUACAAACUGUAAAUACAUGCUGCAGUGUUUAGACUAAAAGCCAAGCGGAGAACAAGAAGACGGCAGCUGUGCAUAGAGACGAUAGCGGUUGUGUUUUCAUCGUGCCAGUAGAGGGAUUUUUUUUUUAUUUUUAUUAUUUGAAGCUGUAAGAUUGUCAUGACAGUUUUGUUGGCUUAGCACUUUCACAGGGACUCUUUUGAUUGUAUGUGGGAUUCAGUGCAUUUUCCACUUGCUUCUCUUUUACUCUCAUGUACUCGAUUAGCUUGGAAAAAAAAAUCUUAAACCUCCGAAGAUAUAAACUAAAAACCUCUGAAGAUAUUACGUGGAGAAGAAAGAAAGUUAGAAGUAUUUACGGGCUCCAAAGACACAUAUCCCAAAGGACCAGGAAUGAAUAUGAUUAUUAUAACUCCCUUUGGCAUUUAUUGAAUUAGAUCAGAGGGAAGUACUUAAUGGGGAUCAAACUGGGGGAGGAAAAAAAAAAAAAAAACUGUCAGCCUUGACACAUUUCUUGUCAAUGCAAUUUCCAAAGCACCCCCCUCAGCUCCUCGUAUUAAUCUGCAAAAUGCCAUAACCGAGGCUUACCCUGUGUUAUAUUGCUGUGCUAUCUUCACUUUAAAAGGCCCUGCAGGAGUCUCCAUUUCCUGUUGUGGUCAAUCAGAUUUCCCGAUGAUCUUUCUCGGGGCCUUUGUCUUGAGAGCGAGCAAACGGGAGGAAUAUUAAGUAAAGAAAAUAAUUAAAUAAAAAAGUCAGAGACUGUUUCUACUCUGUGACGCUCUAACGCUCUCUGGGCUGCGAUGUCCACUGCCCAGUAAACAUGUCUGCAAUGUAAGUGGAUCACAUGUAUAUCAAACAGACUGGGUUAUAUCGACUCUCCCGUUGCAUCUGUAUGCAAAAUAUUACAUUCUGUGGCCAUUUUGGAAAGGACCAUCUUCUCUCAUGUAUAGACACAGUCCUGUUUGUUGUUUUUUCUUUUUUUUUCUUGACUGCCUGGAAAACCCGUUUGAUGUUCGUGGUCUUUGGAUGUGUAGACUUGGCAGACACGCUCUCACUUUGGUGUUGCAAUCCUGUUACCAACUCUGUUUUUGUAUUUGCUCGUGGGGAUAUGGUUCCAUGCUUCUGUGGCCUUGAAUUACAAUCAUGUCUUUAUAAGGGUUUUCUCUCUCUCUCUGUGUGUUGGGGGGCUCUGGAGCUGGAGGUGGAGAAGAAAUAAUAAAUUCAUAAAUAUAUUGACAACCA